AUGGUCAAGAUCGCUGCCCUCGUUGCCCUCGUGGCCCCUCUCGUUGCUGCUGCUCCCCAGGAGACUCCCCAGAUCGUUGGCGGAACUUCUGCCGGUGCUGGCGAGUUCCCCUUCAUCGUCAGCAUCACCAACAACGGUGGCCCUUGGUGCGGUGGUACUCUCAUCAACGCCAACACUGUCUUGACCGCUUCCCACUGUGUCCAAGGCCGAUCUGCCAGUGCCUUCGCCAUCCGUGCUGGAUCUCUUUCUCGCACCUCUGGUGGUGUCACCUCUCGUGUCUCCAGCAUCAGAAUGCACCCUAGCUUCAGCGGUUCCACCCUUGACAGCGAUGUCGCUCUCCUGAAGCUUUCCACUUCUAUUCCCGCCAGCGGCUCCAUCUCUUACGGUCGUCUUGCCGCCUCUGGCUCUGACCCUGCUGCUGGUGCUCAACUCACCGUUGCUGGUUGGGGAGCUACCUCUCAGGGCAGCGGCACCAGCCCUACCAACCUUCUCAAGGUUACCGUUCCCGUUGUCUCUCGUGCUACUUGCCGAUCUCAGUACGGCACUUCCGCCAUCACCAACAACAUGUUCUGUGCUGGUUUCACCCAGGGUGGUCGCGAUGCUUGCCAGGGUGACUCCGGUGGUCCCAUCGUUGACACUUCCAACACUGUUGUUGGUGUUGUCUCCUGGGGUGAGGGCUGUGCUCAGCCCAACAAGUCUGGUGUCUACGCUCGCGUUGGCAGCCUCCGAUCUUUCAUCGACAGCAACGCCUAA